UUUGUCAAGGGCACAUUUCAAAAAAAAAAAAAAGAGUGAAGGUCCAAAUUCUGCUUUUAUUUCUCACUGCUCUUUUCCUCUGCCCAGAGGGAAGCCCGGGAUGUUCACCAGAUGCUGGCAGACUGCCAGAUGAGGAAGGGUGGCUUCUCACAGAUGAAGGGAGGACACAAGAGAAAUUCAGAAGAAGAGACUACAGUCACACUGAAGGCAAUACCACAAAGCCACAAAUGCUCAGAGAGCCAGAAGGUGUUGCAGAAAUCUGAUGAGAAUGAGCCUGAAUGGCAAGAAUCCUUGCGGAAAUCCAAGGCAGCAGAUGAGAAGAGACGCUCUCUUGCACGGCAGGCCAGAGACGACUACAGGAGGCUUUCACUGCAGGGAGCCCACAGAGGGAAGCAGGCAGACAUAUCCAAGAAUGCCACAGCAGGAGAUCGGCGACCGCUCCAAUACCCUCCUCUCCCACCCAAGCCUAAACUUCCACCUCCUGUGAUGGCAAAUGGCAGAGCAGUUAGGAAAGAGGCAAUCCAGAGGACAAUCUCUAAUUCAACUGAAGAAAGCAUCAUCAAGUGGUUCAAAGAGGAGCAAUUCCCCCUUCGCGCUGGUUAUCAGAAAACCAUAGACACGAUAGCACCUUGGUUUCAUGGUAUCCUAACCUCUAGGAAAGCAGAGGAGCUUCUGAGUAAAUCGGUGCCGGGGAGUUUUCUGGUCCGUGUCAGUGAGAAAAUCAAAGGCUACGUGCUUUCCUAUCGGUCUGCAGAGGGAUGUAAACACUUCCUUAUUGAUGCCUCCAGUGAUUCCUACAGCUUCCUUGGAGUGGACCAGCUACAACAUUCAACACUGGCUGACCUUGUUGACUACCACAAGGAUGAACCCAUUACUUCUAUGGGAAAGGAGCUAUUGCUUUACCCAUGUGGUCAAGAGGACCAUGAACCAGAUUACAUCUCUCUCUUUGAGUGAAACUCCCAGUCUCAUUACGUAGCCCCGUACCAUUUUCACCAAGACUGGACUUCAAACUGGAAGUGGCUGACGCUUACCUGAAACUUGCCAUAGGUGCCUCUAUUUCAAAUCCUUCACAACAAAGCAGUGGGAGAAUAAGUGCUGUCACAGGCUUAUUGUUUCAACAGAGUUAAAAGAUGCAUCAGCCCAGCAAGCUACAAGGCACGCAAAUACAUCAUGAACGUGGAUUCGACAACGAAGUAUCAGUUGAACAGAGACAGAUUAGAUGAUGAAGUAUCAGCCGAACAGAGAUUUUUGCAGAUUUCCUCAGGGAUAUGUAUGUUCAAGCUGUGUUUCGCUCUUGAAUGCAAGGUUGCCUGCUGUCUGGGAAACAGAUUGGUACCUAAAAUUGAAUGAGAUCAUAGCUUCCUGAAGGCACCAAACAAAUCUGAGAAGUGAAUCAGUCUUGAUAGUAAUUUGUUUAAUGUGAAACAAUGCUGUAAAAUGCUGUGCCCUUGGAAUCAAGGAUGUUCAAGUAAAACAUCCAAACACA